UAGAUCACUUCCUGGUCUGACCACAUUUUGAGAGUUAUUUCCUUUUAUAGAUCAGUUUGGAGCUUGCUAUGACUGUACCUUAUUCCAAAGGCUAGUUGUCAUAAUGGGUCACGAGAAAGAUCUGUUUAAAGCUGUACAGAAUGCUGAUAUAGAGAAGGUGGAGAAAUUGCUAUGUCAACCAAAAUCGUCAAGGUCCAAACACACAGAACCGAUUCCUACUACAGCCCAAUUGCUGAGUCAGCAGAAGACGUGUCUCAUAACACACCUGAAUAUAGACUGGAAGGAGGAAGAGUCUGGAUAUACGCCACUCAUUGCUGCAGUACUAAAAGGACUACAGAAGAUUGUAUUGAGCCUGUUGUGCCAUGGUGCUAAAGUGAAUGAAACUGAUAAAAAGGGCAACACCGCUCUACAUCUGGCUGUAUUUAGUGGAAGAUCAGACUUAAUCGACAUCCUUCUUCAAUAUGGUAGUGAAGUAAACACACAGAACAGUGAUGGAAACACAGCCUUACAUAUAUCUUGCCAGUCCACAUCUGAUGGCCAGAUGUUCAUAUUACUUAAACUUCUCAAGGCUGAGGCAAAUGCUCUUAUAAAGAAUAAUGAAGGGAGGACUCCACUUGAUAUUGCAGCAAUGUUUAAGAGAAAGGACAGUGCCUCUGUGUUGUUAGACCAUGAGCCUGCUAUCAAAAACAACACGCUUGCCAUAGUUGAAUCAGCUAUACGUGGGGACAGUGGUACAGUACAAAUACUUCUAGAGCAUGGAAUCUCACCUAAUGGAAUAGAUAGGAAGCUAGGUACAGGGCCAUUACAUGAGGCUGUACGCUACUUGAGGUUUGAAGUCGCUAAAGAGUUAUUGGAAUUUGGAGGAAAUUCUCGGCUAGUCAAUAACAAACAAGAAACACCCGACUCACUCGCUGUACAGGGUGGUACAGAAAAUAUGGCAAAGUUUAAAGAUUUAUUUCAAGAAUACAAAAAUAUAACUCCCAAAACUCCUAGAUAUUUGAAUCAAAGUGAAACAUAUUCUCCAAAGAUCUUAACUCCAACCAAAUCACCAUUCACCUACCCAAAAUACCCAUUACUACCUAGUCAGAAGUCAUGGACCCAGGUCACAUCUCAAUACUGUAACAGCUGUACCUCUCAGAACCCAAAUGUCAACAUAUUUGAUGGAAACCCAAAGACAUUCUGGAUCACACCUAAACAAACUGACAUCUGGUGUGUCAUGGACAUGACAAGCCCACAUACUUUAACUGGAGUUCAGGUUAUUGGAUGGGCAAGUGACCAAAUGAUUCAAAAUGUCUCCCUCCAAAGGUCAACAAGUAUAAAUGGACCAUGGAAAUCAGUCACAACUUUUACAUGUAAAAAGAAAGGCAGCUCUGACCCAUUGACUCCAGGUGUAGCGCAGAACUUUGAUGGGUUCUGUGAGACCUCGCAGUACUGGCGUAUCCUGAUACUUAACAAUCACGGGGGAACAUGUACUGCCUUCCAGGGUGUUAAUUUUUACGGGUUUGACACAAGAGUCUCUCAGUUCCUGGAGCAGCUUAGAAUGAGCAGUUAUAAAGAGUCAUGGAUUAAAGAGGGUAUUAACUGUUAUGAGAAGCUGAUUUCUCUCCCCUUAGAGUCAGUGACGAGCAAAGUAGCUAACCCAAUAGAGGCAGACAGGUUAAUGCAUGCUCUAAAAGACAUAAAAAUGAAAGCAUACCCGUUCCGGCAGCUGAAGUGGCUGGUAAUGCCUGGAUCGUCAUACACUGAAGGGGAUGUCAUUGACAAGUUGGUGGUUCAAGCAGAUCCUAUGGUACAUGAGACACUCUCACUGUUUGCUAAAGGUGAGAUUGAGGUGAAUGGCGAGACAAAGAUAACGCUGGAGCCACAGGGAGAAAAACAGCCAUCUAUUGCAACUUUCCACAACAUCACUUUAGGAGAAGCUGGAACUGGGAAGAUAGAGAUCAAAAGUGUCAGGUUUCCCAACAUCUCUGUUAUCUCAGACAAAAUUUACGUAGUUGAAAAGGUGAAGUCAAAUUCUGAGGUGGAUGCAGCUUUUGAUGAAAUCACGAACAUGCUAUUAGAUCAGACAGACAUCAGGAAUGAUGAGAAGGCUGAUGAAAUGGUUGCCCCCAAUGAAGUGGGUGCUGCAUUUGAAGAGCUUGAAGACAUGAUGAAGGGUCUUCAAUCAUCACUUGAUUUCUAAGGAAUAUUCUAGGGAAUGAAAUAUGUACGAUGGUCAAUUUUAAGCUUCAAUAACUUAUAAAGGCUUCGGUUCUACUGGCAAUACAAAAUCUAAGAAUGCAAUGCCAGAUGAAACAGGUUUUAUUCAGGAACGGGAAAUGGAAAGGAAAUGUUUGUAAUUUUCUGAAAGUCUGUAGGAAUCCUGUGAAAUAAAUACUGAAAUAUUGCAGUACAGUACAGGGCAGUACAGUACAGUA